AUGGCUUCUAAUUCCGAAGCUGCCGAUAUUCCGGAACUUACCAAACUGGCACGCGACCUAUAUCUUACAUGCAAUUCUAUCUCCGGAGAUGCCCCUGACGGCUUCAACCAGCUUGUGGCUAGUCUGGCAUCCCUGCAUAGCGUGUUUCAAACCCUGAGAGAUGAUGUCAGCACCAGGAAGUUCGAGCUCGCGGAGUCAGAUGACGAAUGCAGGCAUACUCUAUAUCGGUGCCUACAUUCUUGCUCAGGGACCUUACAGCAGUUGAAGGAGGUGGUCGACAUGUAUCGAAAUACAGGUUUUGAAAACGGAAGGCAGCUAUGGCAGUCCAUAGAUUGGAUGACACAGCAAGCAUUUAUCGACGAUCUCAAGUCCAAGAUUGUGGCUCAUACAUGCUAUUUAGGCGUAUGUGUCGGCUCUCUUACCAAACCGUCUUUAGGAAGAACUGAAAGUUCGGCGACAAAAGAUUCGGCAAAAGACUUACCUCCACCAACUCCUUCAUCUUGGCAGGCACAUGACGACGUCUCGCCUAUAUCAGUAUCAGUAUCGACGCCUCGCCAGCAGAACGUCUUUAUACUAGCAGAACUGGAUGGCACGGAACCCACCAGGCCAAAUCCUGCCGCUACACAACCCUCAUGUCCGCCAGAAGAGCCCUCUCAUGUUUCGGCUUCCUCCGAAUCCGUUGUUUCGGGACACUCGGACACGUCUAGCUUCACAGCUACUACGUACACUUCCCCUACUAGUCCAGCUUCAUCAACUUUUAGCCCUCCACAAUCAAUUGUUUCAGAGGCUUUUUCGACGGAGAAAGAAGUGGUUUGGGCUCGUGGACCAGGAUCUGGGUUCUCAAAUAUACAGAAUCAAGGGCGAAUUCAACGGUCAACCUCAAUAAAACCAGGCGAGUCAACGCCGUGGGGUAGCCCUGGCCAUUCAGGAGCUGAUGCAAUACAAGAACUCCACCGACGGCAACUGCGAGAGCAGAUCUUCCGAUCGCUGCGAUGUGAACCAUGCGAUAAAACCCAUCAGCCUGACGCAGAACUUCUCGCAAAUUUUGAUCACAUAACCCACAAGGAAGAGCGAGCUCAGCAACUCACUGCUAGAUGCUGGCUGUUGGUUGCUCUAUGGUGGCUUCUGAAGGCCAGGACAGCCAUUGCAAAUAGCGAAAGAUCAACGCUUGCAAGCACCAGAGGCAGCGUGAGCCCGUCUGCGCUGUCAUGUAACUCAAGUCACCAGGCAUAUGUGGAUCUUCUGAAAGCGUCAUAUAUCCUAUAUGACAUAGUCUUGAAUUGUGACAACCCACAGCUGCUCUUGGAGGAUGAAAUCAGAAAAAUGAUCUCAGAUCUGUCAGACGGUCUCAAAGAAGACUUUGGGCAAUUUAGCGCUGUUGAUAUCCCUGACUACGCUGCCAUCCACUCGCAAAACCUCGACUUCUGGGAACCUUUACAGCCUGAAGAAAUGAUUGGGAGGGAUGGCCAACCAGCUAAACCAGGAAACUUCUGCUAUAUCACGGUAGAAUUGGAAGAUGCUGGUAAAGAGGAUGAGAAAGUUCUUUUCCGGACUUUUGUGAAUGCAGGAAUUGGGACUAAGAAGCUCCGUAUGCGAUCCAGAGGAGCUCCAUACAUGCUGCUUCUGUCCACUAAGUAUGGUGAAAGCGAGCCCAAAAUCACCCUCUGCAACCAGUACGGCACAUUCUGCCUACAGCGAGACUUGGCACCAGGGGAUCUGGCUCAGUUAAUUCAGGUAUCAAAUGCGUCACUCACCAAUCUAUCCGUGCCAAAGCCAACAGAACCCGUGACACUGAAGUUCGACACAAUGAGUUUGUCGGUUUCGUUUCAAUACAUGUCAGAUAUCAUGCAAGUGAUCAGUAUGCCUAAAGCAUACUUUGAUGCUGUCCAAAUACGGGAGCCGCUUGAUUCUGAUCAAUUCACUGAGACAGUCAUUUUCAAGAGUCCAGCCGAAUCAGUUGAGCAAUUGAGAAUGCCUAGCCUGGUAUCGACUAGUCCACCUACAGUGCACAGAUCCUGCGAAGUGCGCAUCUUGCAAAGGUCUUUUGGCGAGGCGUGGCGCUCUAUCCGACGCAUGGUCAUCAGCUCUUCAGCCGCUGACAAGCCUGGGCAGACUACCGAAUUCUUCAUGCCUCUGAGCCAUGUACAAGUCAGCCGUACGACGGCUUCAGGCUUCAUUUUGCUGAAGUGGUCAGACACUGGUCAGGAGAGAUCCAGCAAAACAGAUGGGAACUACCAUCCACUGUUCACUUACAUCUACGACAGUAGCAAUCCAAACAUAGGUCUUGGCAUCCAAUUCCGCUUACAAGAGGCAGUGGAUGAACUGGAAAAGGUUGUUCUGGGUUUAAGCACAAAGCCUGCAUUCACCUGGUCUCAGGCCAAAAGCUCAGGCCAUGUAUAUGAGGUCGCUGACAUUGCGCCGGACGAGAAACGCUACAAGGCGGUGAUGGUAUGUCGAACUCGCGCGGAUUGGAAGCAGUGCAGUCUACAUUACCUCUUUAGGGAUAUGGACUAUCUGUAUGACCAUUCUAAUCUCCGUGUGAGGUUUCCCCGUGCAUUAUCCGCCACUUAUAUAUCAUCACACGUUGACCAGUUGUACCGGGCUGAUCACCGAGUGUUUUUCUCUCACUGCGAAAAAGAGCUGAGGGAUACGACAGUGGAGUUCAAUGAAGAGAGCGUACUGAUGGCGUUCAUGUCCUCGCUUGCAUCAACAUACAAGCUGGUCUUCUCCAGAAGAGCCACAUCCCUCAUGACCAAAGACAAACUACUAAUUCUCGGUCCUAAAAAGUCGGUUAAAGGAGACUCGCAAGUGCAGCUAUGGCGCGACGGAAAUACCAUUCGUCUUGCUUCGCGUUGGGGCGACCAUAUAAUGGACAGGUGGCUCACAAUGACCAUACCGACAUCAGAACCAUCCAGAGCAGGAAAUCAAGUCAGCUUCUCCCCAAGCAGCUACUCACGGGGGAUGGUCCUCAACAUGACAAAGAUUGCAUCAGGGGCAGCCAAAAAUUUAAAUAGGGAGCACAAGACGGGGCCAAUUACCAUCACCUUUCCCAAUCUAAAAGACCGGGAAGAAUUUGUUGCGGUCAUAACGGACAACCACCUGAAGUAGACAACAAAGCUUACAGGAUCAAGUUAAGGCGUUGUAUCUGGUGCGAUAAUUGCGUGGGACCGAUAAUCCAAGAUCAACAGUUAUAGCAAAAGGAGCAUGUGCUGUGCGGGCCACGUCCCCACCAGGAGGACGAGGAUAACCAUGGAUCUCACAAACCCAAUUUGGACACAAUAUACCAGGCAACCCAAACAAUAAAAACAUACAGUAUAUAGUACGAGAGGCAGCAUUUAGCAACCAAG